GAAUGUAUAGUUAGGAUAGACAUGUUACAGUACAUUUUAUUUUCUUCUCAUCAACAGGUAGACCAUAUCCAGUGUCGGAUAUUGAGUUAUCAUCAUCCCAUAAUACUAUAAAUGUGACAUGGGUCCCUGGAUUUAAUGGAGGUGAAUUACAAUCAUUUUAUAUUGAAUAUUGGAUAUCAUCAGAUGGAGUGAAACUAAUAACAGAGGAAACAAUUAGCAACAAAAUAACAAUUGAUGGAUUGCUACCAUCGACAGAAUAUAAUAUUAUUGUCAUCAGUAAAAAUAUAAUUGGAGAAAGUAGAAGUCAAACACAGUCGAUGAUUACUGAAGCUGAACCUGAUACUGGGAAAUUAAAUGAUAAUUCUUCAGCAUUAAUUGGUGGUAUUGUUGGUGCCAUAGUAGCACUUAUUAUAGUGAUUGUAAUAUUAGUUAUUCUAAUACUAAGACACAAGGGUGGAAAUAAACCAAGUGAUAUAGAAUUAUCAGACAACCAUGCAAGAGACAAUGCCUAUGAAUUCUCAGGUGUAGACAACCCUUCUAUGGAUAGCCAUGACAUAACAGAUACAUCUCAUCAAAAUGGUAAUCACUUAGUUGGAGCUAUCCCACAAGACAUUGACCAACCAGCACCUCCUGCUGCUACACCUGCACCAACUGUGAAUUUAGGUGAACUUUAUUCACAAGUGCAAAAAAAGACUGACAAUACCCCUCCUGCUGCAUAUACCGGAUAUGGAAAAGUUAACAAAAAUAAGAAGCCCAAGAAAGACGAUGGAGUCACGGAUGUGUAUGCACAACCUAAGAAAAAGCCCAAGAAAGACAAUGGAGUCACGGAUGUGUAUGCACAACCUAAAAAAAAGCCAAAGAAAGAAGAUGAGAAGAAGAAAACGAAAGAAGUUGAUAAGAAGAAAAACAAUAAAGACAAGGAUAAGGUUCCUGAUAAAUCCAAACAACCAGACGGAACUAUGUAUGCAAAUCUACCUGGCAGUCAUUCAGGUACACAAGACGUGCCUCCAUUUUUCACUAACGGACAAGUAUUCUGGCAGUAA